AUGGUGAACGCUAACCAAUUAGCGGAAAUGAUGGCCACUAUGGCCCAAGCUGUAACUGCACAAGCUAACGAUAACGCUCAAAGGCGUGCUGCUGAGGAGGCACGUGAUCAUCACCAACGUCAGGGAGAGGUAACUCUCGACCAAAACAAGGGACUCAAUGACUUUAGGAGACAAGAUCCUCCUAAGUUUACUGGUGGAACUGACCAUGACAAAGCGGAUCUCUGGAUCCAAAAGAUCGAGAAAAUUUUUGGUGUACUGCAAACUGCUGAAGGUGCCAAGUUUCUGACACUUCGUCAGGGGAGCAUGUCCAUACCUGAAUAUGCUUCUAAACUGGAGUCUUUGGCCAAGCAUUUCCAAUUCUUCAACAAACAUGUGGACGAGCGCUAUAUGUGUAAGCGUUUUGUGAAUGGGCUGAGGCCUGAUAUUGAAGAUUCUGUGAGGCCGCUGAGAAUCUUUCGUUUCCAGUCGCUGGUUGAGAAAGCCACUGAAGUGGAACUGGUGAAAAACAAGAGGUUGAACCGUGCUGGUACUGGAGGACCGAUGAGGUCAGGUUCUCAGACUUACCAAGGAAAGGAAAAAUCUCAGCAGAAGAAGCCGUAUCAAUGCCCGGAGGGGGGAGGUUUUACCUCAGGAUCUUACAAGCCUUUGACUGCUGUCACUCCAGGGGCAAGAAACCAAUCAGCACACCUAGAGGUGACCUGCUUCAGGUGUGGGAAGACUGGACAUUAUGCGAACGCAUGUAUGAACCAAGGGCCCCGAUGUUUCAAUUGCAACCAACCAGGGCAUAAGGCCGUCGAUUGCAGGGCACCCAAGGCUGAACCAACUGUCAACACUGCAAUGGGAAAGCGUCCUGCUGCUAGAGGAAAAGUUUAUAUCAUGGAUGGGGAAGAAGUUGGAGGAGCUGAUGGGGUAAGUAGAGAGAAACGCAGGAACGAUGGUAACUUUCUAACUAUUCCUUCUAAUUUCUAG